CUCGUUCUUGCGGGGCCCCCGCACGGCGGAACUGGGCAGCUGCGUCCUGCCGUCACUUCCUCCGCCGGAGGAGGAAGUGACGGCGGUGGCGGCGCGCACGGGGUGAAGGGAAAGAAGGGUGUCAGGAUACCUAUGAAUGAGGUGUGAUGGAUAACAAAGACUCGGAAGCUGAGAUCCACCCUCUGAAGACUGAGGAUGUAAAAGUUCAAGAGAACCAUGAAAACUCUGUGGAGAGAAGAAUAGUGAACAAGCAGUCAUCGCAGCUGUCCCGGCUGUCCCGGUGGCGCACUGCCGCCUUCUUCAUCUCAUUAUUUCUGUGUCUCAUAAUUGUGUUUGCUUUCUCCUUUAUCAUUCCUUGCCCAGAGAGACCAGUUUCAGAAAGAACAUGGUUCCGAAACUACAACCAUGCAGUGGCCUACCAGUUUCUCGCCAUACAAGAUGUGAAUAAAGACAAAGUGCAAGAUGUCAUCUUUGCAUUCAAAGCUAGCAAUGGCAGCAGCAGCUUCAACAGAUCCUGUCUGGAUGAAGGUCUGCCUUCUCCGUGUGCCUUCAUUGCUGCUGUAUCUGGCACCAACGGGAGAGCGCUGUGGGAGAGGCCUGCUGCCGAGGAAGUGGAGUGGAUGGAGUGUGGCAUCAAGCAGCUUGGGGGGGCUGAGGCCUCGGGUUGUCUGGUGGUGGGGAAGCCGGUGUCUCUCACAGCAGUUGACCUGCACACAGGGGAAAUUCAGUGGAGACAUUCCAGUGAUUUUGGAACUAAUUAUACUGUGCUGACUCCUGUGUCAGUGAUUCCAGAUGUGGAUAAUGAUGGAGUUCAGGACCUGAUAAUCUUCAUUGCUACAGGAGAUAAGAUUAAGACCUUCAUCCAUUCAGGAAAAAAUGGCAAACAGAUCGGCUCCACUGGAAGCCUGACUGUGGAUGGGAAACCUCGUUAUAUCAGGCUGAACCUGGUCUCCUCCUCCUACUUUCUUUUCUAUACAGAAAACUCUCUCUAUGCGUAUUCCCUGAAAGAUCUCUACAGUGCAGCAACUGGGAUGGAAAUUAAGCUUCCCAGCCUUCAGCAAGAUCCUCAGUGGGAGAAGAACAUUGACAGCACUACGCACCGCUUGUCCCUUCUCAGCUUUGGGGACAUCCGUUACCUGGCAAAAAUUCCUGGGCAGUCACAGGAGAACAUCCUCGUUGCAAACUCGGACAUGGCUACGCUGAUCAAUGCACACAAUCUGCAGACUUUGUGGACCCUCAACGUGUCCCGUGUUGUGAGUGAGCCGCUGCUUGGUUACUAUAAACCUGAUGUUCUUGGUAUUGUCCUUGAGAGUGAAAUUGGACCCAACAGGAAGAAGGUUAUGGUUGUUGAGAGUGGAUCUGGAACAGUCCAGUGGAACCUGAAGCUAAACUCAAGAGCAGAGAGCCCUGGGCCAGCCACACUUCCUACUGCUGAUCAUCGGUCCACCUUCCUCAUCUGGGGUGAAUACCAGGUGCCAGGAAACGAAACGAGAUCCAAAGCUCCUCUCCAGAAGCUCUAUCUUUUCCAUCCCUCCUACACUAAUGUCCUGUUGGAGCUCCGCAAUAGCACAGACCAAAUAAUUGCAUUCGAUGCCCUGCUGUUCGAGCGGAGCCGUCACGCCUGUUAUGUGCUGCUGCAGGGCCCUCAGCCCAGCGAGGAGCCAGGGACGGUGUCCCUGAUGAAGCGUAAGCUGAAGGAGGAUGUGUCUGGGAGCAGGGUGAUCUGGCUGAGCCAGGUGGCUGUGGACAGUGAGCAGUACAUCCGGGACCGCCUCUACAGGAUGCGAUUCCAGAGCCGAGUGUGAGCUGGCCGAGGAGGGGGAGAGGCUGCCCAGGGCCGGGUGCCUCUGUGCUGCUUCUCCUCUGCAGCCGUGCUCUUGGCAAACCCAGAUCAUGGAUUCAAAUGGGAAGCUGCCUUUCUUGAUCCACAAACCAAAGCAUGACUGGUGGGGAAGCACCCCCAGUGUCUGGGGAUGCCCAGGCCAUGGGGGAGCUGCCAGUGCAUCUGUCCUCAGAGCUGAUGGGACUUCAGUGCUUGGCGACCACUGAAGUGCUGUCAGCUUGGGGAAGAGGGCUUUCCCCUCAAUACUUCUGUGCCCACAGAACUGUGCUGACUCAGCCUGUGUCUGGAGGAAGGCAUGUGCUUGCUGGGGAUGCCGGAGUUGAUUAUUUCUUGGGUGCUUGUGUGAGAAGUGAAGCUUCGGUGUGUGGUGUUAGGUGUCCUUUCUGAGUCAGCUCUCCUGGCGUGGGAGAGGUGCUUGGCUGCAGGUUGGUUUGCAAUCACCCUCUCCUGGAUUUGGGCCCCUCCUUUGGUAGUCAUGGGAUGUGCAUAGUGAUAGACCCCAGCCAUGGCGAGGUGUCACGGAGGCCAGCAAAGUGCAGGUUAAACUGUUCAUUCUACUUAGAAAAUGGCCUGUUCUCCUAAGAACAGCCCUGUGUGCCCUACUGUGCAGUCACAAACCUACCUGUGUCUGUCUCCUCUGCUGCUUCCUUUCCAGCCGGGCUGUGCAGUGUUGGUGACACAGAAAGGGAGCUGGUCUCUCACCUGAUUCAUGCAUCAGUGUUCCUUCCUGCCCCAGG